ACUUUCUUCUAAAAUCUCAAUUCCCAUGAGCAGCAACGGCGUUUUGCAGAGCAACAACGGUUACUAUAGCUAUGGCUAUGGAGGAGGAGGAUACGUGGAGAAGAGACAACUAUUCCUUAAGAGCUACCAAUUCUCAAGGAAACAGAGUUUAACAGAGAAGAUCAAGAUAUCCGUGAAGAGAGUGGUCAAGAAAGUUGUUUGGAUGAGGUUGAAAUCUGCUAGAAGACUGAAACGCGUCGUUUGGUCACGUCUCAAAACGGCGUUUUUCUACCGCCGUAGACGUUUCUUUCGUCUCCUUCAUCCAAACAAACCCGCUUCCUACUGUUUCUACUAAGGUUUCUAUUUGACUUCUUUGUCUCUGUUUCUUCCUUGUUGUGUGUGCAUAGUUAGCUGCGUGCUUAAAGUUAAGAUUCAUGUUGUUUAAUUCACUUAAUAAUCUUGUUAUGUUUAAGGAUUGUGAUCAAGUUUUCGACUUUGGAAAAAUAAAAGAGUUAUCAAGAU